UUUUAAAGUGGGUUGUUGAGGCACUUCUGUUGUUGGGAAUGGAAUAUGGUAUGAUUACUUGAUAGUGCCUCGGAGCGUUAAAUGAUUGUCACAAUCACCUAGAGAGUUGAGAAAAGGAGGGGGAUUCGAUAGUGCGGAACAAAGAGAGGUGUGACGGUAAUGGUAGACAAUGAGUGAGGAUGGUAGCAAAACCAGUGUAUGGUGUAUGUGAACUUUGGAAGGAAAUGACUUUUGGACUCUAAUGAGUGAUGACUAGAAUGGUUUAUAUAGGAGAUCUGCAAUGGUCCCUGAUGACAGGUUUUGAAGGCUGUCAUAAGCGACUUAUGGCUUCGUAUUUUUUUUUCUUUUCUAAUAACCAUGGUAGUCGGUAGUGGAUGCUCACACAUGCUUGCUGGUUCACUCUUCAUACUGAAUGUAGAAAGUUGCUGCUUAUGAUGGUUAAUUAUUGUGGUGUUGAGAAGAGCAAGAGUGCAAAAAGACGGCAAAAGAAAUUGAAAGCUUUUGAUUUUUCCAACCUCCACGAAUUUUUGCCUGAGGUGCAAGAACCACAGCAACCUGCUCCUCCACCCAAAGAAGUGAAUUGCAAAUCCAGACAGAAACUAGUGUUGAAGGAGGCUAAACAAAUGAUGACCGUCCUUGGUCAUCCUGUUUUCCAGUCAGACCCUCUCGCUGCCAUACACCGGCAUCUGCAAAAUACCCAACCAGCUCCGGAAAUAAAACCAGCUAAGAAGUCUAAAGAUGAUGCAAAGAAGAGAAAAAAGAAGAAGAAAGCAAAAACUUCUUCAGAACCACAGUCCAUGGAGAUGUGAAUGUCAUAUUCAGGUUCAUUAGCAACAGCUAAUGUCAAGCUCUGUGAACACAGGUUUGAGAGACUAAGAUUAGCAGAUAUUCUUUAAUCUAAUUGGUGGUAGAUUACCUUCUUAUGUGGCAAGUUGAUAUGCUUUUUGAAUGAUAGAUCAAUGUGAUUCAACUCAAGUACUCAACCAUACUAAGGGUAUUUUUGAUGCGUCGUAGAUGGAGAUUGAGCAAUGCCUUUUUUUGUAUGUAGACGACAUCCCCGAUUUUGUUUCAGCAGUUUCUCAUGUUACCUCAUCCUGUAUUAUAAUGCCAUAUUACCUAGAGCAAUUUCUGGCUCAAAAUUUAUUUUCAAGAAACUUGCAAAAGUUUUUACUUACAUCCUUUUUUAUUUUAGCUACAAUGUUUUGACGUUUUGUUCUAUUAAUUUUGACUUGGAUCUUUUUUAAUUAUAUAUAAAAUAUGGAAUAAACUCAAA